AUGACCCUGACCCGCGCGCUCACCCGCCUCCUCGCGCUUCUCUCCCUCCGCCUCCCCCGCGCGCUCCCGACCACGCACAUCCCCGCCCUCACGGCGCACCUCAUUGCCCUCCUCUCCUCCUCGUCCUCAUCUGCUUCCUCCUCCCAAUCUACAACCCCCGCGGGCGCAGCCACCGGCACCAAUAGCACGCCGACCACCGCAGCGCCCGCGCUGCCCGUCGACCUCCAGGCGUUCCUCCGACCUAUGGUACCCGACAAGCUCCCCGCCGUCCAGCGCACCGCCGCGGGCCUCUUCGAUCUCCUCGCUCUCCCCGCCCCUCAACCAGCCCCUGCCCCCUCCGCACCGACCUCGCCAUCGGUAUCGGCAUCGGCCGAGCCCGCACCCAACUCCGCGGCGCUCGCUCCCGCCCUCGUGAUCCUCGCGCUCGAGGCGCACGCGGCGCCCCCGCGCGCUGCGCCGCACGUGCAGGCGCUCGCGGGGGCGCUCGGCGCGCGGCUCGGCGCGGGCGCUGGGGCGGGCGCGGGGAGCGUGAUGGAGCGGUAUCGGGGGCUCGUGGACCUCGUGGAGCGCGCGAAGGGCGGGGUGCCGUGGUUGGGGGGUGGGGGAGGAGGUGGGGAGAAGGGUGGGGCAAAGGGUAUAGGGAAGGGUGGAGGGAAGGCGAAGAAGGUGGGGAGGAGGACGGAGGUGGCGCGUGCGGUUGUGGAUGUGGUGCAGUUUCGUGGGGAGGUGUGGAGGCGGGGGGUCCGGGGCGGCGGGGUCGUCGACGUGCGGUUUGGAGGGGAGGGGGACGCGGGCGCGGAGAGCGGCGACGAGGAGUCGGUAUUCGAGGCGGUGGGUGGGGAGACGGGCGCGGACCUCGACGCGACGCGAUCUGGGAAGCGGAAACUCAGGGACGAGGGCGAGAGCGCGGUUGGACGCGCCUCCUCCGGCCGCGCGAAGAAGCCCAAGCCCAAGCGGCCGCGCACCGCGCACGACCUCGCCACCGCCUUCCUCCUCAACCCGCUCUCCGUCUCAGCCCCGUCUCGCACCACCCCCGCAUCUUCCUCCCCAGCGCCGCCCGACACCGCCAUCUCCCUCGCGCACACCGCGCACCUCCUCGCGCCGGACGCCGCCCUCGACACGGGAGCGCGCGCGCGCGCGCCGACGCGGCUGCAGCUGCUCGCGGUCGCGCGCGGGAGCGAGGCGCGCGUGCGCGACGAGGAGCUGUUCGCGGAGGGCGAGCUCGAGGAGCUGGUUGUUGAGUGCGGGCGGGAGCAAGAGGGGGACGAAGCGCGGCGGCAGGUGUUGUUGGGGAUAUGGGGGCCGGACUUGGACGGCGCGCGGGUGGGGGCGGGGCAAGGGGCGAAAGGGGGUAAGGAUAGGGAGGGUGGGAAGGGGGUUUCGAGGAAGGGGCGGGGGAGGGUGGAUAUGGAUGCGCUUGCGCGGAUAUUGGGGGACGCGGGCGGGGAUGGAGAGGAGUGGGGCGAGGGGGAGGACGAGGGAGACGACGACGGUGAGAUGCAUGGUCUUGGGUCGUGGGAUGGUGCCGCGGGACUGGGCGGAUUGGUGAUCGAUGCAGAUGGGGAGUUUGGGGUCGAGAUCGACGGCCCUGGGAGAUGGGCGGGCGCCGCGGGCCUCGGUGGGGGCGCGUUUGGCGCCGAGGAGGAGAUCGUGGAGGAGUGGCGGCCUGCGUCGCCUGGCGGAGGCGCAUGGGAUGACCAUCCGUUCGAGAUAUGA